CUUCUAUCCAUUUUUUAUCUGUGUUUCUAUAUCUGGCUGUCGGGAUUAAAUAUGUAUCACAUCAUCGCCAUCUCCGCUCCACGCCACCCGCCAUUCAUCACCCGCCAUCUCCGCGCCGCCGUCGCUUCACGCACCGCUGACAUUUUCAUCCGAAUUCUAUAACAUUUCUCUGCUGCUUGUAUCUAAACCAGUGUUUCCCAACCUCCAGCUGUUGCAAAACUACAACUCUCAGCAUGCCCGGACAGAAACGUAGGCUGCAUAAGAAAAUCAUUUCAGUGACAGAAUUGCAAUCAGUAUGGCUGACAACCCACGCCUGCCACAUCAGCUGAAACAGAGAAAACAAACACAGAUAAGAAGCUCUGCCGUGAUGGCGGAGAGAAUUGCCCAUGACCCCAGGAGAUCCCGGUUAUCUGCCCCACCCUCCUGCCCCCCAGCUGUCCUGCCCCGUCCAUGGUGUUUAUUCAGAAGGUGGAUCCCUUCCCACAAACCAAACCUGCCCCAUAUAUAUAGGACCCAAAAUCCUGAGCUCAUCCCAGAGACCUGGUACUCGACAGAAUGUUGCUCUGGAUCUUUCUCGGGAUCUUCUGUAUCGCUGCAGCUCAGCAGCGCAGCUCCUCUUACUCUGGAGAAUAUGGCGGUGGUGGCGGUAAACGCUUUUCACACUCUGGAAACCAGCUGGAUGGACCAAUCACGGCCGUGAGGGUUCGUGCAAACAGGAACUACAUCACAGGGAUACAGGUCCGUUAUGGGACCACUUGGUCGGAGUAUAAGGGGGGCUCCUCAGGUGACUUGGAGGAGAUCUUCUUGCACCCGGGGGAGACCUUUACCAUGGUAUCGGGGAAAUAUUCCUCUUACGUCAGGAAGUUGGUGUUUUCCACAAAUAAAAACCGUCAAUUCACCAUCGGAAAGGAUUAUGGGAUCAGUUUUAAUGCCGCCCCCCUGUACCCCAACACUGUGCUGCGAUACAUCAGCGGCAGCUCCGGAUCUGUGAUCGAUGCCAUCAGCUUUCACUGGGACUACGCCAGCAGUAACUGUGUACACUGUGCCAAGUAAUGAGUCAGAGCAUCACACUGGCUGCAGAGCAUUACACCUGGUUUCCUGACUCUGUUCCCCCGAUGCCCCGGGCAGAGUCGGCACCAUGAACCCUGUUCUACAAUCUCUUAAUCUGUGUGAAUCACUUCCAAAAUAAAACCUGAAGCUGAAA